AUGACAUCCUCCACACACUCCACUGAGGUGGCCGGAGCCCGACAGUCCUAUGCUGAAGGUGCUCUGCCCACAUUUACUCCCAUUCCAUGGUCAUUGAACGAGAUCCGGGCAGCAAUACCGCAACAUCUUUUUACACGUCAGACCUGGAGAGUUCUCCUCUAUGUAGCGAGAGAUCUGAUUAUGGCGGGGUUUUUUCUGCGAAGUGCACUACGCAUCGAUUCAUUCUAUGGAGGCGAACACGUAGUCGAGCAUCUCACUGUGGUGGGCGCUCAAAUUGCCCGCCUCAUGACUUGGCUACUCUACUGGUUGCUUCAAGGGCUCAUAUUCACUGGUAUCUGGGUCAUCGGACAUGAAUGUGGCCAUACGGCGUUGUCUGGGAAUAAACAUAUCUGCAAUAUCGUAGGAUAUAUUGCACAUACCAUUCUUUUGACACCAUAUUUCAGCUGGAAAAUUACACACCAUCGACACCACAUUGCCCAUGCAUCUAUGGAACGGGAUCAGCUAUUUGUUCCGAGGACCAGGAGCGACCUUGGUAUUCCUUCGAAAGGACAACAGCUCGACUACGAAGACUACUUCGGAGAUACCCCGUUGUACGCCCUUACUGUGCUAAUUGUUCAGCAACUCCUCGCAUUCCCCGUUUGUCUUGCUUGCAAUAUCUCUGGGCAGAAGAAUUACCCAAGGUGGACUAAUCACUUCAACCCAAACUGUGUCCUCUUCAUGAAGAAUCAACGCAGCCUGAUUAUUAUUUCUGAUCUCGGUAUAUUGUUCAUGAUGUACAUCCUCAAACGGACGUACGAAGCAUGGGGUGCCACCACUACAUUCAAAGUCUACGGAGUCCCUUGGUUUUGUGUUUCUCACUGGUUGGCUAUGAUAACUUAUCUGCAUCAUACUGAUCCCGAGCUGCCCCAUUACCGGCGCGCCCAAUGGAACUUUCAGCGAGGUGCCGCUGCGACUAUGGACCGUAAUUUUCUCGGCUACAUAGGCCGUUUCUUCUUCCACGACGUGGCUCACUUCCACGUUGUACAUCAUUUCUUCCCGAAGAUUCCCUUCUAUCAUGCAGAAGAGGCGACAAGAUAUUUGCAAGCAUUCAUCGGAGAACACUACCGCUAUUCCGACAAGCCAGUUUUCGAAGCCUUCUGGCACAAUGUGAAUGAAUGCAAGUUCAUCGAAGACGAAGCGCGUUCUGCUCAAGGACAGUCUUGUAUUCGCGGGACUGGUGGACGUCCAGAGCGAGCGGGCAUGUAUACUUCCGUCGUCGAUCGCUGA